UUAAGAAACAUAACACUUCAUAUGCCUCCUUUAAUCAUGACACUAUCCCUUAGCCUUUUGUCACUUAGCCGUUUCUUUAUUUUCCUCGGUGGGGGCAUCAAAGUGUUGGGAAGACAGUUGCAUUAGUUUCCAGUAAUCAAUAUCGCCGAUUACGUGUUAUGUUGUAUAAUUUAUCAUAUCACAUCUAUCGAUUUCUCAUCUUCCACUUAGAGCCAUCAUGAAAACUGCCAAAUGAUGGGUAUUAUUAUGCUUCCUCCACUUAUGAUUAUUGUAUUGUUUUGUAGCAUAAAGGGAAUCCAUAUAAGAGGGUAAUCCUGUCGAUCCUUUGUUUAGCAGUUAGGGGGAAGUAUGAAGUAUGAACACCAAACAAAUCUGUGGUUUUUUAUAUGCAUUAUUAUUAAUGCAUGUAAGGUAAUGAUAUGAUAAUCAAAGAACAAAACAUACAUCUGGCCAAUGAUAUUGUGACAAUUGUAGGUCCCCCAUUCUUUCCUUUGGUUUAGGGACUCUUUUUGUUUAGUGGCUUAUCAAUUAUUUUCCUACUCGAAGAUUUAGAGUUCACGUCCUACUUGUCCGUUGUCCCUCUGGCCUUGUUUGAGUUUAUGAAGUCACUAUGUAAUGUUGUAUGAUUGAACUUAAUCUUGGACGUGAGUCUAAGGCGUAAAGAGGGAGGAAACGGAUUUCUCGAUCGCGUUUUACCCUUUUGGAAUGGAAUAACGGUGAUAACGGAUAUGACCACAUAUUUUUUACUACCACUAGCUCUUGUUUUCAAGGUUGUCAACCCGUGAGUUGACCUGUGGGUCGACCCACUUUGACCCUGACCCAGUGAGAAAAACGGGUGUGUACGGUCCGUUUUUCUCUUUUUUUCAAAAAAAAAAAGAAGAAGAGAAAAACGGGCCGCACACACCCGUCGGUCGACGGCUAUAAGGUACCGGGUUGAAGGUCAAAUUGUGUCAUUUUUUUCUUUGGUUUGCGAAAUGCGCAUAUUUCCGAUUUUUCUUUUCGCAUAACUCAAUAUGUGGAAUCCUAAGUUGAAUAUUUGAAUAUUGAUGUAUAUAAGUGUGUGAAUUUUCACUUUAUGCCAGAUCUAAGUACGAUAUGUUAUUUUGGUGUAAUAUUAUAUGUUAUAACUCAUAUGUUAGAUAAGAUUUGAUAUAAUUUAUAAGUGUCAUAACCGGGCAGCUCAAUUAGUACGAUAUUGUCCGCUUUGGGCCAAGCCCGCACGGUUUUACUUUUGGGUGUCCUCCCCAAAAGGCCUCGUACUAAUUGGGCUAGGUGGACACUUAUAUACAAGGGUUCAUUUCCUUGUAUUUCCGAUGUGGUACUUGGAUUGUCCCAUAACAAUAAGGAUAAGUACAAUAUAAUGACUCUUUCCAUAUUUCUGGGCCAAACCAGAUUAAACUCUUGACCCACUAGCUCGACCGGGUUCGGGUCAACCUGCGGAUUGACAACCUUGCUUGUUCCGAACCAGGUCUAGCUAUCUUGAAUUAAACGUAACAUAAUAUGCAUCUUGCGCAGAAAAUAAUUGUACAAUUCGUUCCAGAACAUCUUUCAACUGGUAAACUAUGUGGGAUGAUCAAAAUUUGCCAAAUUUUUUUCAAGUUUAAGUCUUUCCACAUAGUCAAAUGCCUGAAAGUGUUGAUUUUUUCUGUUUUUUUUUUUUUUUACAGAUUCUACGUAUCAGAAGUUGUGGUGGCGUUGGAGUACCUCCACAUGUUGGGAAUCGUCUACCGCGACCUGAAGCCGGAGAACGUCCUGGUCCGUGCCGACGGCCACAUAAUGCUCACCGACUUCGACCUCUCCUUAAAAUGCGACGACACGGCCUCAACCCCACAAGUAAUAAUCCCAUCCCAAAACCCGCCGGCCGGAGUCGCACUUAACAAAACCGACUUCACCGUCGCCGAUCAACGCCCUCAUUUCACAUCCUCUUCGUGCAUCAUCCCCAGCUGCAUAGUCCCCGCCGUCUCCUGCUUCCACCCAAACCGAAAGCGAAAGAAGAAGAAGCCCACCAGCCACCACCGGGCCGCCGGCCCGGAAUUCGUGGCCGAGCCCGUGGACGUCCGGUCCAUGUCGUUCGUCGGCACCCACGAGUACCUGGCGCCGGAGAUCGUGUCCGGCGAAGGGCACGGCAGCGCCGUCGACUGGUGGACGCUGGGGAUAUUCAUGUACGAGAUGGUCUACGGUGUGACUCCUUUUCGAGGCGUGGACCACGAGCUGACGCUGGCCAACGUUGUGGCCCGGGCGCUGGAGUUCCCCAAGGAGCCCGCCGUGCCGGCGGCGGCGAGGGACUUGAUCUCGCAGCUGCUGGCGAAGGAUCCGGCGAGGCGGCUUGGGUCGACGACGGGGGCGUCGGCGAUUAAGAAGCACGCGUUUUUUCAUGGGGUGAAUUGGGCUUUGUUGAGGUGUGCUAAGCCGCCGUAUGUGCCGCCGCCGUUUAGUCGGGAUGUUGUGUCGGAUGAUAGUUGCCCAGGGACUCCGGUUGAGUAUUAUUAAUUCAAUGAUAAUUAGAGGGUUAUAUAUAUAAAUAUAGAAUUAUUAGAAAGGAGAGUAGUGAAGCGAGGAAAUUGAAAUUCACUGGAUAUCAACACAACCAACGAGGCUAAUCAGGGUGGAAGAUUGAUACGGAAAUUAUAAGACGAAAUGCGUAAUAGAUGCUCGCAUCCAAUGAUUAGUCAAUGUUUUAGAAAUCGUAUCGUCUAGUUCGAUUAGAUAUAUUGUAUAACAAGUUCAAACUAUCGUCUAGUUCGAUUAGAUAUAUUGCAUAACAAGUCCAAACAAGUGGUUUUGACGAUAGAAAAUUGUUGAACCAUGAUUUUUUUUAAUGAAUUUUGAACCAUGAAUUUGAAUGGGAUAGUUCGAUGAAUUCAAGAGCAUGAUGAGAGGUAUCGAAUCAAAACUUGGUUAAUUAAAUCAUUCAACAAUUACAUUGUCCUUAAUUCACCUUCAAUCCAAGGGGUUCAUUUGCUGGUUGGAUUUACAAAUGAGAUAUUUCCGUUUUUAAAACCUUAGAAUUUAUAAUAGAUUUGUUGCAUUACG